AUGGCUACUCCUAGAGAACCAAACACUGUAAACCCACCAAACUACUGGAAGUUGAGCAAGAGUGAUUUUUUCCCAGGAGAGUCCUUCAAAAACUGGAGUUCCUACAAGUCGGCAGUCUCACAGACAUGCCACCGAUUCAGAGACCGUCUUGUGAGUCGAUCAGACGAUGCAAACGAGCUGGGAGACAUUCGACAGCAAAGCAAAAACGACAUGAAGCGUUGCCUGAAUUGGUGGGACCUUACCUGGUUCGGGUUCGGUUCAGUGAUUGGUGCAGGAAUAUUUGUUCUUACUGGAAAAGAAGCUCAUGAUGGAGCUGGACCAGCAAUUGUUCUGUCUUAUGUGGUUUCUGGUUUCUCAGCAAUGCUUUCUGUUUUCUGCUACACUGAAUUUGCAGUAGAGAUUCCAGUAGCAGGUGGUUCAUUUGCUUACCUGAGAAUAGAAUUGGGUGACUUUGUAGCAUUCAUAGCAGCAGGUAACAUUCUGUUAGAAGGUAUUGUUGGGAGUGCAGCAGUUGCUAGAGGUUGGACCUCUUAUUUCACAACUCUGUUAAACCGUCACCCCGAUUCUUUAAGGAUACGUUCAAAUCUUUCUCAAGGGUUCAACCUUUUGGAUCCAAUUGCUGUUGCAGUUCUAAUAAUCUCUUCCACUAUCGCCAUCAUAAGCACCCGGAAAACUUCCAUCAUUAACUGGAUUGCAUCAGCGAUAAACACUGCCGUGAUAAUCUUUGUCAUUAUCGCAGGAUUUUUGCAUGGAAAAUCUUCGAAUAUGACUCCAUUUCUUCCCUAUGGGGUUAAGGGGAUAUUUCAAGCUGCAGCAGUUAUAUACUUUGCUUAUGGUGGAUUUGACACAAUAGCCAACCUGGCUGAAGAAACAAAAAACCCAGCAACAGAUAUACCAAUAGGCUUACUUGGAUCAAUGUCUUGUAUCAUAGUGAUAUACUGCCUGAUGGCUCUUUCACUGAGUAUGAUGCAACCAUAUACAAAUAUCAAUCCAGAUGCAGCAUACUCUCUUGCAUUCGAGAGUGUCGGAUUAAAGUGGGCAAAGCCUCUGGUUGCUCUUGGUGCACUUAAGGGAAUGACAACAGUGCUACUGGUAGGAUCACUUGGACAAGCUCGAUACACGACUCACAUAGCACGAGCUCAUAUGAUUCCACCAUUGUUUGCUCUUGUACACCCGAAAACAGGCACACCCAUAAACGCCACAUUAUUAACUACUAUCUUAAGCGCCAGUUUUGCUUUCUUCUCAAGCUUAGACAUGUUAGCAGACUUGUUAUCUAUCAGCACGUUGUUUAUCUUCAUGAUGAUGGCAAUUGCACUUCUAGUGAGAAGGUAUUAUGUGAAAGGAGUCACUAGUCGCAGAAAUCUCAGGACACUUGUUAUAUUAUUGCUGAUCAUCAUUGCUGCUUCUAUGGGAAGCUCAGCUUAUUGGAGUUCAAAUCCCCAUGGCUGGUUAGGUUAUGCUAUAACUGGUCCUUGUUGGUUUUUGGCAACCAUGGGAAUAGCUAUCAAAUUGCCUCAGGAACGUACACCAAAGGUCUGGGGUGUCCCGUUUGUUCCGUGGAUUCCAUCCUUGUCUAUUGCCAUAAAUUUGUUCCUAAUGGGUUCAUUAAGAACUGAAGCUUUCAUAAGAUUUGGGAUCUGUACAGUUGUAAUGUUGAUCUACUACUUAAUAUUUGGUCUCCAUGCAACUUAUGACAUGGCCCAUCAGCAACAAUUGGAAGUUCACAAGGUUCCUGACAACACCGCAACAAGAUCAGGUUAACAUCGAUUGAUAGGAAUACCGAAAAUAUUCCUGAAAACUCUCAACUUGGAGAAACAAUACAGAGGAUAUUCUACAGUAAGUGCAAAUCAUACUUUCAAUUUCUUAAAGCAAUCUUAAAAUGUUGUCGAGCUACACCAUAUGCACUAGGCGAUUUAGCAGUAUAUCAAAAAUAGUACUAGAGCAAGAAAUGUAAGAACUAAGCAGCACUUGGCCACUUCUGGUGCAAAAUAUGUAUCAUCAGUAUCAUUUUCUCUGAAAUUAUAUUUUUAAAAAAAUGAUGUACAACAAAUCAAAAGAGCAAAUGCAGGAAAAUCAUUGUUGGAUGAU